UCACACUCGUCCUCUCUUCGUCUUUCAUUUUUAUAAGAUGUAGAAAUGUAGUCGUUCAAGUAUUUCUCGUCGUUUGCUUGGUUUGGUUGGCUGGAAUGUGUUCUCUCCUCGUUUGUUGUAAAUUAGUGUAGGCGACUAAUUUCGUCGAAUAUGUGUUUAACCUCGUCGCUUGGCUAACUCUAUGUUUCAGUCUUUUUUUUAGUCUGUGACGUUCCUAUUUCUAACAUAAAUCAGUGAAAAAAAAUGACCUAUAGAAACCAUGAAUUUAACAAGGGAAAACUACUGAUUUGUGAGAGUAUAAUAUGAGCUUCUGUGCAGAUUUGGUAUUCCCUUGUUGUUAUUUUCUCGUAUGUUGAAGUAAAUAUAUAUAUAUUUAAAAAAAAAACAGUUCUAUUUCUUUUCCCACAGGCAUUUGUAAUGUUAUCAUGGUUAAGGUGAUGGGAUAAUUCUUGUUAAGUAUAUUUUGAGUUGGAAUCUAGACAUAUAUGAAAACUUCUCCUCGUUUCAUUCUCGGUUUAUAGAAUUAACAUGUAGUCGUUUGAUUAUCUGGGCUGGUUCAUUUUUUGAGUUCUGUACAUUUUUUGGGUCUGUUUUUGUUUUUAAAAAAAAUAGUAGAUGAGCCAUUCUGAACAUCGGCAUGUGAAAGGCUAAUAAAAACUAAGGGCAUUUAGCGAAAUACCACUGAUUCAUUAACUUGUCGAAUAUGUGAUUAACUUUGACACUCAUCUAGUUUAUUUUUUUCUGUUUCGAGAUUCACUGGAGCCUGUUUUACUUGUUCUUUUCGGGAUAAAAAUGAACUAAGAACUUCAAGGAAAGUAUUUGAUAACUCGUCGAACUUUCAGAACUCACUAACUAAGGUAUUCUGCUAGCAUUAAGGAGCUUUUCCCGUGUUUAUAAAAUAUUGGAGUUUACCGUUUGGUCAAACCUUCUAUUUUGUUUAAUAGAAAAAAAAACCUGAAAUGGUUGAGCACCGUGCCUAAAUUCUGUUUAAAGCAGAGUCGCAACUCACUCUUUUUCCUUAUGAAAUUUAUUCAAGCUAAUUUAGGGACUUAAAAUUAUUUGGGACAUGUUCAUGGUAUACUUGUCCCCUUCUCAUUUCAUUUAGCAAAGGAUUAGUCGAAAUUGUUAUGGUAAUAGCUUUUCUGGUCCUAUACCUUCUCAAAUUUGCACUUGGCUCCCUUAUUUGGUAACCCUAGACUUGUCAAAGAAUGAUUUUAGUGGUUCUAUCCCUGUUGAUCUUGCUAAAUGUGCUUUUUUUUUUAAUAAAUUAAUGCUUAGUCAUAACAAGCUUUCUGGAAAUAUUCCACCUGAAUUUUCUAGUUUAGGUAGGUUGAAAACUUUCUCUGUGGCGAAUAAUCAACUUUCUGGUAGAAUUCCAGCAGCUUUUGAUGAUGAGGAUUCGAAUAACUUUAACUUUGAAGGGAAUAGUCUAUGUGGUGGACCUUUAGGGAAAUGUGGAGGACUAAGUAAGAAAAACUUAGCUAUUAUUAUUGCUGCUGGGGUGUUUGGCGCUGCUGCUUCGAUGUUGUUGGCAUUUGGUGUGUGGUAUUGGUUCUUUACGAAGGCUGGGAAGAGGAAGAGAGGGUAUGGAAUUGGGAGAAACGAUUCGGGUAGUUUGGCUGAGAGGUUGAGGGCUCAUAAGCUUACUCAGGUUAUGUUGUUCCAGAAACCUCUUGUUAAGGUUAAGUUAGCAGAUUUGUUGAUUGCCACGAAUGGUUUUAGUGCGGACAAUGUUAUCAACUCGACUAGAAUGAGUACUACUUAUAAUGCUGUGUUACGUGAUGGUUCAGCACUUGCCAUUAAGCGGCUUAAUAGUUGCAAACUGAGUGAAAGGCAGUUUCGGGAUGAGAUGAAUAGGUUAGGGCAACUUAGGCAUCCUAAUUUGGUACCACUUUUGGGGUUUUGUGUUGUUGAAGAGGAGAAGCUUUUGGUUUAUAAGCACCUGUCGAAUGGUACUUUGUUAGGUUACCAGCUUAGCAAACAUGUGACCUAUCAUGUCUAUUGUUAUUCUUGUGAAUGUAUUCUUUUUUUUGGCACUCGCUUAAGGCUCAAAAUUUAUGUAUCUAUAACACGUCCCAGUAUUGAAAACGGUUAGUGUUACCUUAAUAUUCAAAACUGAUUGAUAUUAACUCCAUACCUUAGUUAUGCAUGAGAAAGUGAAUUAGCAUGAAAUAUAUUACCUUUGUGUUGUUUUGAUUAAUGUUUGGGGAAGGAUUGUCCAACUUGCUGUUUGGGUUUGUAUUUUGGUUUGCAUACACACACUUGUAUGAAGUUAAGAGACCUAGUAUAAAUCCAACAUUUAUUAAAAUGACAUUAGACUAAGGGCUGCUUUGUGUUUUUGGUUCCGUGAAUAAAGUUUGAGUCUUGUUUUUCUUUUUACAUGUCCGCAAACUCUUGGACACCCUCUGUUGAGUUUGUCGUCUCGUUUGGCCUAAUGCCUUGGGUUUAUAAGUCUUGCUAAUUGAUGUUUUGCUUAGAGUCUUAACUUUCGCAAAUAUGGAGUAUGAUUGGUACUUAUAUAGACUAAUGCAGUUUUUGUUCAAAUCCAACGGUGACUAAGAACAGACCAACCCACUGCUAUUUUAAUGUUCUUAGCAUGGAUAUUAACGGGAUCUUACUCAUGGAUAUUGUUCUUAGCGUGAGGCCAUAUGCUUAUCUUAAGGUUCAACUAGAUGCCUUCUUUUCAUUAUUUUAAUCUGACAUGCUUUAGUAUUUCUUAACGUUGUCAAAGGCUAGUGUAAUUUGUGGUACUUUGAUUAAUGGCUGCUAGCUAGUAAUAUUAUUGAUUUGUUCAGAUAUGGUUGUUGGUGGUAGCUUUUACUGUCAGGAAAGGUUGCAUAAAUGUGUUUAGCACCCACCUUAAAAAGUAGAAUUUAGUCCAAUAAACAAGUGAAUGUGUUAAUUCUACUCUUAAAGGAAAAUCUGGUCUGGUUGUCUGUUGUAAAUGCUAGUUAGUUAAAACGCUUGCUUUGUGAUGGAUAACAUCUUUUAUUCUCAUUAACAAAUCUGCUUGUUGUUACUUAGGUUAAUGCCAGUCUGUUAUCUAAUCUUUUUUUUUUCAUGAGCAACUUUGGGAGCAUUUGGAGUUAUGGCAACUCUGGAUUCUGCCCAUAUCAGAGAGCGGCCAGCAGCAGAUUUAUUUGCUCGUG